GGAAUGAUUCAUGCAAGUGGCUGAUGAGUGAGGGACGGUUUCCAGGCCGCGACACAUGGCAACCGUAUGGUUGUAUGAUGCACAAGUACACAAGAGCGGAUGCCAGGACAUGCAUGCAUUACGUCUCAUACUGGGGAGGACAUAAUCACAUUGCCUUUGUGGGGGACUCUCGAAUACGCCAGCUCUACUAUGAAUUUAUUGGCCUCAUCAGCGACAAGGCAGAAGUGGAUGCAAAAGCACACACAGACCUGCAGUUCCGGGACAACAAGAUAAACAUCAAAGUUGAUUUCUUAUGGCAGCCUAUGGUGAACGCAACAAUGUACGAUGUGUUCAACAAGUGGCACAAAAGUGUACAGCCUGGAGCCAGACCAAAUGUUCUCAUUACUGGCAGUGCAACGUGGGCUAUCAAAUUGUUCAAUGGCAGUGCAGAUGCAGCUACAAAUUUUCACUCAAACCUGACGAUGAUACGAGAACUGUACAACAAACUAAAAGACUCCACAAAGGUUGUUUGGAUGUUACAAGAUCCUGUUCAGGAAGAAAAACUGUCGGAGGAACGGAGUAUGAUCACAAAUGAACAAAUUGACAAGUACAAUAAGAUAGCCAUCACAGUCUUGAAGGAUUCCUCAGUAACUUUGUGGAGUUCCUCUCGGCUUGUGGCUCAGGGGUUCAAAAAAGAGUUGACUGCGGAUGGACUUCAUAUUCAGAAGCAAGCUCUGCAGAUUGAUAUUCAAAUGUUGUUGAACAUGUACUGUAACAAUUAUAUGAACCACAACGAUGGCACCUGUUGCAACACGCCAGAGAGGGCCACCACGUUACAGAUUAUUACUGCUAUUGCUUUUCUGCUGUGUAAAUGUUUUUAUGUUACAGCUGAAAAUGGUCAGAGAAAUGGACAGUCUGCUCACCAAAAGGAUUACAAUGAAAGCUUUUAUGAGAUAAUGAAGUCCUUAUCAAAGCUGGGGCUGAUAAUGGCUUACUUCUACCUGUGUGAUAGGACCAACUUUUUCAUGAAGGAAAACAAGUACUACACCCCAUUGAAUUUCUUUUUACCAUUUGCGUAUGUCAUGAUCCUAGGAUUUUUCUUUACUGAAAACACAGAGAAGAUGAAUAUCUUGCAUCGAGACCAGACAGACGAGUGGAAAGGUUGGAUGCAGCUAGUCAUUCUUAUCUAUCACCUGACUGGUGCUAGCAAGGUUUUACCCAUCUACAUGCACAUACGCGUCUUGGUGUCCAGCUAUCUUUUCCUCACAGGGUUUUGUCACUUCUGCUAUUUCUGGGAGAAAGGAAACUUUAGUUUCCUACGAUACUGUCUGGUCCUCUUCCGAAUAAAUAUUCUGGUGGUUACCUUAUGUUUUACCAUGAAUCGGCCGUACCAGUUUUACUACUUUGUUCCGCUGGUGUCUUUCUGGUUUAUUGUUGUAUAUCUGGUGAUGGCCAUCCCUCCACACAUUACCAGCCAGUCUGCUGAAGCAAACCCUAUUCAUUAUUUGUACAUGAUACUGAAGUUUGUGGCUUUGAUUGUGGCUAUAUCUUUGUUUUACCUGUCUGAGGUAUUUUUUGAAAAAGUGUUUUUGAUACGUCCCAUCAAAGCCCUGUUUGUUACCUCUGAUGAUUCUAUACAUGAGUGGAGAUUUCGCUGGCAGUUGGACAGAUUUAGUACAGUGUAUGGAAUGCUGUUUGCCUUUGGCUACAAAGUUCUUGUGAAUUACAACAUUAUUCAAGAUGACAGGCCAGACAAUCUCUUUUCCAAUCCCAUUUCCUGGGCCCUGUGUGUGCUGUCUGUGAUCGGCAUCACGAGUUACACCAUCUUCUCUGUCUUAUGCAGUAGUAAAGUCCAGUGCAAUGAAGUUCAUUCCUACCUGGUGUUUUUACCUAUUGUUUCUUUCAUAUUGCUGCGGAAUAUACCAGGAUGUUUGCGGACACGUUAUAGUGCUUUCUUUUCCUGGUUUGGCAAAAUCUCUCUAGAGCUAUUCAUCAGUCAGUAUCAUAUCUGGAUGGCAGCAGACACCCACGGUGUGCUGGUCCUCAUUCCCAGCUACCCGGUCCUCAACGUCAUCAUCACCUCCUUCAUCUUCAUUGUUGUCUGCCAUGAAAUCAAUGACAUCAGCCAGACUCUGUGUUCAUACGCCGUUCCACAAGACCUCAAGGCUUUGCUGCGGAACAUUGUGGUUUUUGUGGGAAUUUUGAUUCCUCUAUGCUACGUCAAUGGCUUGCUGGUUUUAUAG